AUGCCUAACACAGGUGUCUUCUGUCGCUUUCAUUUGUUCGGUGGCCACGAUACCGAAUCUUGUGUUGCCUUGCGCAACAUCAUUGAAGGACUUAUUCGUGAGGGAAAGUUGAAUAAAUACGUGCACAACCUCCCACCCUCACCAAACCCUCACCAACGGCAGAUCAACAUGAUCUCAACCAUCAGUGGUGGUCCUACCAUGGCUGGAACCUCCAGCAACUCCAUCAAACAUUAUGUCCGCUCCACAUAUGCGCACCAGGUCUUCAGCACUGAGCAGGGACGCUGUCGAAGACACAAAAAUCAGGCUGGGCUCCCAUCACCUUAUGCGAGAAGAAGGAGCAUGGUGUCAUUCUCCCCCAUGAUGACCCAAUAA